AUGGGGAAUACUUUGAUUGAGGACAAAGGCAAAAUCAAUCUGAUGAAGGCUUUCGAAACCUACAACACAGAGUAGGAAAUAGGCACUCGUUAGACUCUAUUCUUCGAGAAUAAAUUGUUCAAGACUUUGAGUUAUAAGUGGCAUCAAUAAACUCUUCUGUUGAAGGUGCAUCUGAUGCGUAAACAACUCACGCUCCAGGAAUUGCAUAUCCACACUCAAAAUUUCCAGUAUCUGAUUGAGCAAUUGGAACCCUUUCCAAAUCUGAUGCCAUUCCACAACCUCAUCAACUUCGGCAGCACGCCCAAACCGCAACCCUCUGAAAUGUCUCUUGAAUGCAACAAAGAAUACCUGGCAGUCUCCAGACAAUUCCUAUACAUCACUUUGGAAGAACGAUUGCAAUCGAAUUACAAAUUGCCCAAAUGUCUAUUGAACUUUUACGCCCUGCAAUUCUUGAAUGCAGUCAACACACUCCACAAACGCAAUUUGUAUCAUGGACACAUCCGUUCAUCCAAUGUGCUCCUCACAAGUCUGGAUUUCCUAAUCCUCGCUGACUUUGCAUCAUAUAAGCCAAUCUAUUUAAACGAAUUGGAAAUCAUUAGAAACAUCUACAAAUCGUCAAUUCAGAAAUGCACAUUGGCUCCUGAAAAGUACUCUGAUCUACAGGAAGUCCAAUACCUCAACAAUUUAACCAGAACCCAAGUAGUUCCCAUGUAAGCCAUGGACAUGUUUUCAGUCGGCUGUGUCUUGGCCGAGAUCUUCACUGGAGAGAGUCUCUUCUCCCUUGAAUAACUACUGCAAUUCAAGAAGGGUGAAUAUGAGCCAAUCAUAAAGGUCGAUGGAAUCGUUGGUGAUCUAAUACGCAAUCUGAUCUCAGUCAAUCCAGAAAUUAGAUACAACUCAGAGUAAGCCUUAAAUCUAUUCUGCAAUGAAAUCUGUUCAAGUCAAACCUAUGAAUUGCUCCAGUACAUCAGUAUAGCAUUGAAUGUGAAUGGUUAUUUCAUGCAGCCUGAUGCUCGCAUUGCCUUACUUCGCAAGGUCAUUGCCACUAUAGAGCGUAAACAGUUCCUUUACUCACUUCCUUUGGCUAUGUAAUUUAUCAAUUUAAGUAAAUUCAAUUAGAUCUGCAAGGAUUUUGAAUUUCCACGCAAAAUAGUUUAAAUACAAUUCACCAGUGGAGCAGGCAUGGAUGAAAUCAUUGCCAACUCACUUGAAAACUCAGGCAAUCUGAUUCAAAGAGAAUUCAAAGAAGUGCACUAAAUUACCUAAUCAGUGUCGAUGCAAGUGUCAAUGGUUCAAAAACUUAAACAAUCAAUUCAAAAACAACCUGAAUUCCAAGAACACAGGUAGAACUUGAGGAUGAGCACAUUUACAAAUGUCGACAUCAGACAGAACAAUCAAGAAUACAUUAUUGUGAUCUUGUGGAUUUCCAAUUAAAUCAGAAACUCUAGAUUCAUGUAAACCAGACUAUGCGGAUUGGAAUUGAUAGAAUUCCUAUGCCAAUAUAUUGAUGAUGAACUCAUCUACUAUUUUCUGAUGCCAUGUUUGGGAAUCCUGUGUGAAGACUCAGAUUCCUAAGUGCAAUUCUACGCUUUCUCCAUAAUGCUCAAUCUGCUCAAGAACAUCAAGAAUCCUCCACAGUCAUCCACUGACACACUCAUUUUCAAAUUGUACAUCUGGGAGCAAAUCAAGAACAGGAUGAAUGACAUGAGUGCCAAUCACCAACUGGCUCUGAAGAUUGGAGACAUUGCAGAAAUACUACACAAGUACAACCGAUAGGAGGAAAAGAUUCUGUUCCUGUAAAUCAUACAGAAGAAGUUUCAGGAGAACAGGAUCAACGAACUCACCAUCAUCAUAUCAAAGAUCUAUGAAGUGCUCAAAUACUACGAGUGUAAUCAAACUAUAGAGAUUCUGACACUUCUUAUCUCUCAAUUCAACAAUAUCAAUCUUAAGAUAGCCUUGCUUGAUGUCUAUUUGGAUAUCUACAAAUACUAUUCCAACACUGAAAACAGUGAGUUGCUCCUCUAUUGUCUCCAAUUCAACACGAGACAAGAGAGUGCUCUGUUUCGCAUAAUCCGAUUCGUUAGGUAGGCCACCGAGGAGAAACUCUUGGAAUUCAAAAAGAUCGUUUCAUAUGUGAAGGAAAUCUCCCCUUUGAUUUUGCACCACAACCGAUGGAUUAGAGACGAAGCCAAAGAAUUCAUCACCAUCUUGCUCAACAGGUAUAGUAGCAAGGAGAUCUUCUUCCGUUUUCAUCCACAUAUCAAGAAGUACUUGAAAUUGGAUGUCCCAACCAUCAACUUUGAGAUCUUUACAUCUCUUAUCCAGAAACCUAUUUGCACUAAGUGGUUCGAUCAGAAAAACCAAAAUGAGCCAAGAUACCCAUCCUUAACAGAACGGGAACUCUACAAUUACAACAAUUAUUUCGAGGAAUAUUUUAAGAAAUCAAAGAACAUCCAGGAGACAGCUCUCCAACAAUAGGCUUAGAAGGCGUAGUAUCCGAUAGCCAAGAUAAAUCAAAGGGUCAAUGACUUUAUUGAGGCUGCUUUCCGUGUAGGGUUGGUGCAAUUAGACUAGAAUAAGUGGGAAGACUUCUCGAAGAAGGGUAAUAAGACAUGGGAGGAUUUCAUUUAAUACAUCAGAAUCAAUAAUGGAUUUGAUUUGUCGAAUAAGCAAGACAAUCUGUUGACGAAGAAGAAAGUGAAAUUUUUAUAGGAAUUACAAUUGCAAUUGCAAUACCACAUACCUCAAUCCAGCACUCAGUGGAUCAAUUUGUUCAAUUACAACAUAAUAGCCAAUCAUAUCUUUAUUAAAUCAUCAUAACUACAAAUUUAGGAUAUCCAGUUUCAAAGAGUCCUCCAAUUUCCAAUUGCUAGACCAUUCAAAAUUAGCAAUCAAAUUGUAACCACCAUCUCUGAACACAAAGGCAUUGUUACAUCCUUGCAGAAGUUCGGAGAUCAAAGAAAAUUCAUCUCUGGCUCAUAUGAUGGGACAGUUCGAAUAUACGACAUGAAGAAGAUCGAAGACGAUUUUACCAAUGGAAGCGUUGCUCAGAUACGCAUAAGUGAAGGGGAUGUGCAGAGCAGAAUCUCUGCCUUAUGUGCAUUGGAAGGGACUGAUAGCUUUGUGGUUGGCACCAACACUGGGAGUGUGAGUCUGUAUACAAAUGAUCGUCAUACGAGCACAUUUCUAAAGGGGGAUUCUGAAAUCAGGAAGAUCGUUGAUUAGGAGAACACAUUCAUGUAUGUGACUGAGAAGGGCACUCUCAAGAUUGAAGACAUUCGUAGUAGGAAUGGAUAAAGCUUUAAUAUUGGAAGACAAAGGGGAUUGGUUUCAAGCAUGGUACAUGAUAAUUAUACUACUUUAAUUGGUACAAUCAAUGGUUACUUGAUUUUGUAUGAUAUUAGAAGUACUAUGAUUGUGAAUUUGUUCUAAUUAUUGAAUCAUGAUGAUCAAGCAUUGCCAAUAUUCAGUUUGGCUUACAUGAAUAGAGUGUCUUAAUUUGAUGGAAUGAGCAGUGACAGUUCAAAGUUGGUAGGCAUUGGAUAUUAAUCUAAUAACAAUGAAGUGGGAUUUUGGGAUUUGAAUAAGCAGAACGAGGAUUUGAAUCCCGCACUCUUCCUGUAUUGUUCAGACAAGAAACAUCCAAUAAUAGAGACUCCUAGAUUGCAAUCAGUUUUGAAGUCAGAACAAUUCAUAAAUCACAACAACAAUUUGUCCACGCAAUGCCAUUAUGACUUCUUGAAUAAGAGUUAUUAGGUGGAUUUGAUAUCAUAUUUGAAAGACCCUUUGACAUCGUCGGAGAGAUUGGCUAAAGACCGUUGGUUGCGUGGUACCAAGAAUCUGUACAUCAAUUUGAAAUCAGCCUUUGAAUGCAAGAGUACUGUGACUUCAUUGAUUUGCUUGACAUCUCGGAUUGAUAAUUAGAGACAAGAGAACACCUUCAUUACUGCAAGUACAGACAGAAGCAUACAGAGUUGGACAUUGAACAGUGAUGUGGCCAAACAGCAAGACAAGAACAAUGAUAGGGUAUUGUGA